AUGAUCAACGGCGGCGGCGGUGGUGGCAGCGAUGGUAGCGGUAGCAGCGGCGGUAGCAGCGGCGGUAGCAGCGGCGGCAGCGGCGGUAGCACCGGCGGCAGCGGCGGUAGCAGCGGCGGUAGCAGCGGCGGCAACGGCGGUGGUGGUGGUUGGAACUCUUAUGAAAAGCAAAGCUAUUUUCAUAAUGAAGUUAAAAGGUGUCAUUCUUCAGAAAUUCAAGGAUACUAUACUUAUUCAUCUGUGAAUGAAGAAGAUGAUGGACACUCGUCGCCAAAUGGAGAGAUGCAGGAAAUUCAAUAUGGCUACCGGAAAUUAGACUACUAUUCGUCAAGCGGUUCACAAGGUGCUAUUAGAAAUGAGAUCUACAUUCCAGCUAUACUAGAUGCAAUAGAAAAGAGAAUUUCUUAG